CUCGUGCGCUUUCUCUCUGUAAAAUGGCUUCUUCAUCUUCGUCUUCUUCAGUAGACGAGACCCAAACCCUGAUCCCGGGCCUCCCGAACGACGUCGCGUCGUUGAUCCUCUACCUAAUCCCCUACUGUUACCACGCCCGCCUCAGGCCAACGUGCAGGUCCUGGCGCGUGUUCCUCACUCCCUCCUCCAACAAGUCCCUCCUCGUCCUCCGCCGCCGCAACCGAACCGCCUCGACCCUUCUCUGUAUCUUCCCUCAAGACCCCUCGAUCUCGUCCCCUUUCCUCUUCGACCCGCACAACCUGGCGUGGUCGUCACUCCCCACCGCCCCGCCGGACCCCCACUCCUACGGCCUAUGCAACUUCGCCGCCAUCUCCCUCGGGCCCCACCUCUACGUCCUCGGCGGGUCCCUCUUCGACACGCGCUCGUUCCCCAUCGACCGUCCCACCGCCUCUUCCUCCGCCUCGCGCUUUGACUUCGUUACCGGCCUCUGGGAGCUUCUCUCACCGAUGGCCCACGCGCGAGGCAGCUUCGCUUGCGCGGCGGUCCCAGGAUCGGAGGCGAUUAUGGUAGCGGGAGGCGGGUCCCGGCACUGCGUAUUUGCUGCUGCUGGGAGUAGGAUAAGUUCGGUGGAGAGGUACGACGUGGAGAGGGAUCAGUGGGUGGAGCUGGACCGGUUGCCCGGGUUGCGAGCCGGGUGUGUGGGCUUCGUGGUGGAGGAGAGAAUGGAGUUCUGGGUGAUGGGUGGGUAUGGGGAAGAGAGGACGAUUGAUGGGGUUUUGCCGGUGGAUGAGUAUUGUAGAGACGCAGUGGUGAUGGAGAUGAGGAGUGGUGGUGAUGGAGGGAAGUGGAGGGCGGUGGGGGAUAUGUGGGGGGAUAGGGAGAGGGAGAGGGUUGGGAAGAUUGUGGUGGUGGAGGACGAGGAGGGGCGGGGUCGGCCCGGCGUGUUUAUGCUCGAGGGGCACCAUAUUUUGAGAUAUGACAUGGCUUCAAACCGAUGGCGGAAGGAGUCACAAGUACCAAAACAAGCUCCUCAUAACUCAUCAUUUGGUUUUGUUGUUUUGGAUGGGGAGUUGCAUGUAAUGACCCUUUUGAGUGCAGUCGAUUCAACAGAAACCCGAAGGAAGCGACACCAAAAGAGGGCUGGAAAACUGUACAUCCAGAUUUACCAUCCUAAGAAGAAGACAUGGAGAUUUCUGACUACAAAGUCACCUUUCCCUCGCCCUUUAGAUUUUAAUGCAGCAGUAUUGUGCAGCGUUCGCUUGUGAGCUUCAAUACUUCUUAUUUGUGUGGUGCCGUAUGGUUACCAAACUGGAUUUAUGUCUACCCCAGCCA